AUGACACGUCAACGUCAACGUCAACGUCCCUCCAAAAGUUGUGUAACAAUCGCAACAGCCAUUGCACUAGCGUUUUGCAUGAGAAUAUGGAUGACAGGUGUAUUUGGUCUUAUUGACGCUUCCCAUGUGAAUGGUGAAUGGAUCAAGGUGGAUGCCUUGAUUGUUGGGCGAAACAGUACAACGUUUGCGUCUCCUGACGAUGACGCCCAGAUGUAUUUCUGUGCCCGUGUCGAAUUCACGAGCCACUUUGGUGAAAACAUCACAGCCAUCAGCACUACAGAUUGUGUGUUGGAUGCCUUAACUAUUGUGAUUGGAAACUACAUACCCAUUAUUUACAACCCGGCCUAUCCCAAAGAAUUUAUUGAGCAAGACGUCUUGGAGAGUGAACUGAUAUCGCUGAAGGUCAUGGUGGGCGUUGGAAUAGCCAUUUCUCUCAUUCUAAGCGGCGCCAUCUGCCUGCUUUUGAAUCGUCAACACCGGCGUCGUAUGCCACUAGACUCCAACGAAUCAACAUCUGAACCGACUGAAAGUCCAGAAGUACGAAAGGAAAAGAUUCUUUCCAUGUUGUAUACUGUGACUGUACUUGAAGACACCAGUAACACGGUGGCUUCUAGUGUUCGGUCGAUGGGUAAGUUGGAUGAUUCUUCCGACGACAAGACAAAAGAAGCAGCAACAGGAGGAGAUACUGAAGCUGUUCACGGCGACAACAAUGGGGAAAAGCAAAGUGAAGAUGCCGAUGAAAAUGAUGCCUCAGAAAACAAUAAAGGGAAUUCAGCAUUAUCAUCAAAGCCAGAAUCAUUGAAGCACCACCAGCCUCCCAGCACCCUAUCCUUCUUGUCCUCCUUGAUCCGGCCAACCCAUGACGCCGAAUGCUGUAUCUGUUUAGAUUGUUACGAGCCAGGGGAGGUCAUCUGUGCAUCCAAAUCAGAGGAGUGCAACCACGUAUUUCACAAGGAGUGUUUGAUCCCUUGGAUGAUGAAAAACAAUGACAGGUGUCCACUUUGUCGAGUGGAUUUUAUGAAAGACAAGAACGAUGAUCCUGAGGCGUAG